GACAUCGGCGUUGGUCCUCUGGCUUCCUCGUGAACCUCCAUUUUGCUGCGUCUCGUUGGACUUUUUUCCUUAUUUCUGGUGGUACAAUAUGUCUCGUGGUGGCACACGAGUUUACUUUGGAAGACUUCCUAGAGACACAAGAGAAAGAGAUCUGGAACGAUUCGUUCGGGGAUUUGGAAGAAUACGGGAAGUCAGCAUUAAACUUGGAUACGGUUUUGUGGAAUUUGAUGAUCCAAGAGACGCCGAUGACUGUGUUUAUGACUUGAAUGGAAGGGAACUGUUAGGAGAAAGAGUCGUUGUGGAACAUGCAAGAAAUCCUUCCAGAAGCCAAGACUAUGGUUACAGAAGCCAACCUAGCAACAGGAACAAUCAGAGACGGGGCCGCACACCACCUCUCAGAACUGAACACAGACUUGCAGUGGAAAAUCUCUCCUCGAGGAUCAACUGGCAGGAUUUGAAAGAAUAUAUCUCCAAGGCUGGAGAAGUCACAUUUGCCGAUGCACACAAGAGAAGGCAGGGUGAAGGGGUUGUAGAGUUUGCUUCCAAGGAAGACAUGAAGGCUGCUUUGAAAAAGCUUGAUGAUACAGAGUUACAUGGCAAACGUAUCCGUCUCAAAAUUGAAAAGGUGAGAUCCUCCUCACGACGCUCACGCAGUCGCAGUCGAUCUCGCUCCCCAAAACGCAGAAAAAGAAGCCAUUCCCACUCACGAAGUCAAUCCAAGUCACGCUCUAAAUCCCCAAAGAAACGUCAUAAUUCUUCCUCUCACUCCCGGUCACCCUCCAAGUCCCGCAAGUCACGUUCACAGUCAAAGGAAAAGGAGCGUUCAAGAUCCAAAUCUGUGGAGGAAGAGGAGAAGAAAUCUCCAAGUCCAGAGAAAGAGGAACAAGAAGAGGAAGCUGAAGCAGAGGUUGAGGCCGAUGGGGAUGAGAAGGAGGACAGUCCUGAAGCAGUUAAUGGGGAUGAAGAAAAUGGUGAUGCUGAACAAGAACUUGAGGUGGAGGAUGAAGUUGAAGAGGACUGAAAAAUUUUUCUCUAUUUACAUGAACAUGUAGUCACAAAAUUAUCAUUAGUUUUUAUGACAUUUACCUGUUAGUUUUUCCACUGGAACAGGCAGUUUACUCACCCUUUACUUUUGUUUGUCCUGUCCUAUUUUUCAUGAUAGCUAUGUGUAAUAUUAGUACAAGUGCCAACAUAACAUCAAGAGAAAUUAUCUAGGUUUCAACAUACUUCUUUGGGCACCUCUCUUUAUAUUGUCUUUUUUAAAUGUCAUGGACACCCAAGAUGAAAACACCCCACGUUAGUGUUCACUAACUUCAUGGCAAAUGUUUAAUGACUUAUAUGCUUGCCAUGGAUCUGAUAAACCUGGGUUUUUUUACUCUUUUAUUAUUUUCCUGUUAAAUUUGUCCAGACAGGAUAAGAGUUUAGAUAGCAACAGUCUCUACAGAGAAGAUGCAAAGUUUAAAAUAUACUUUGUUUGCUCUUAGCUUCCUACAUCAAUUUUAUUGAUGUUCAUGUAGAAAUAUAGUUUUUGAAAGUUUGUGUAAGUAUUUGUAUAACUGUCAAAGAUUACAAGGUUAGAUUAACAAGCAAAUUACUUGUUAUCACGCUGAGUUACAUUGUGGGUACACUUUCAUGCAUUACAUUAAAAAUUAUGUCAGAAAGUUUUGUAGAGUUUCCAUAUUCCCUUAGAAUUAAAGUCGUGCUGUUGUAA